AUGUUGUGGGUAUUGAUAUCAGCUGCAAUCGUCGGAUGCUGUUGUGCUGCAUCGUCAAACGAAGUGCAAUUAAUGCAAAUCUACCAAUACGAUGAUUACGAAGAAUGUCGUCGAACGUACAUUGAUUUUGUGUACUGCAAUGCAAAGGCACACCUUAAGUCAAGUUUGGAUUCGAUGCUUUGGACAAGCAUAAAGAACUAUUCUACAAAUCCACGUCAUUUCGAUCGACGUACGAUCGAAGUCGGAGCGUGUGCUCAGAAAUGUAGACUCACGUUUGAAAGUGCAAUACACAAUGUAUCAGCAGAGCUGGAAAGGUGCGUAGAGAAGAAAAUAUGGUCCCAAUAUGAGUUCAACUCGUCCAUCGAAAUCAUGCGCUGCAUACAUGGGGACGAAUCAACGCCGAACAACAGUGCCGAAUUAGGUAUUGCGCAGAUUUGUUUUCUAUGUUUUGCCAUCGGGGCGAUAGUGUUGGUGACCCUUGCAUCCGUAUCGGACACUGCAGCACAAGAUUGCACAGCAGAGAAAAAUGCUUCAUUUAACACAAAGCUGAUGCAAUCCUUUUCGCUGGCUCGCAACUUGCCGAGGCUGGUGGAAAGAGAGAACAAAGCCGACAUUAAUCUACGCCAUCUCGACGGCAUACGCGCAAUAACGAUGUUAAUUAUUUUGCUAACGCAUUCCUCGAUACCAAUGAUAAGGAUGCCGAUGAAAAAUGUCAACGACCUAGAAGCCCAAUUUGAUCAACCGUGGUUCCCCAUAGCGAUGGCCGGCAACACGUACACGGUGCAAAUUUUUUUCGUCAUCGGUGGUUUACUGCUGGCCGUUAACACAUUGGAGCAGUUAAAGAAUCGCGAUAGUGCUGGAUUGGCUUAUUUGCUGGAUCGAGUUAAAAUUCGACUGAUCAGAAUACUUCCACUGUAUCUCUUUGUGAUAUUGUUUCACGCAUCGUGGUACCCUCAGUCAUACGAAGGUCCAAUUGGCGAUCGUUUCCACGAUCAUUGCACAACGAACUGGUGGACCAAUGUGGUGUUUCUUAAUAAUUAUAUCAAUCCGAGCGAACCGGUAAGCGAACGAAUCAGCUCUGCGGCCGUUACUAAACUUUACCCUAAAUCAUUAUUUUCACAUUUGCAGUGCAUACAGUUUGCAUGGUAUCUCGGAGCAGAUUUUCAACUUUAUAUACUCGGUACUGUUUUAAUGAUAUUGAUGCGGAUUCCAAAAUUGUUCAAACCUAUUGUGGUAUGUAUGACGCUUAGCGCCUUCCUUGUGCCAAUGGUCGUUAUCUAUAGCUACCAUCUAGAUGCUACGGUGAUGAUGAUUUUAAGAUAUAUACUUCAAGAAAUUCGGACAUUACCUUAUUAUUUGCGUGUGUACAUUCCCUUCGAGACAAAUGCUGGCAACUAUUUCUUCGGUAUGCUCACUGGUAUCGCGUACUUCCAUUUAAAGGAUAAUCCUACAGCGGCCAAUGUUUUGAAGUUAAAUUAUCUAUUGCCAGGUAGUGCUCUGUUCUUUGUAGCAAUGAACUGUCUCACGAUGAUGCUGCCUUCCGAUCAUUUAUCUGAAGCAUCAAUUGGUCUAGCGGUUUAUGGAUCAUUGUUAAAAAGUGCCUGGGGCAUAUUUCCCUGCGUAGUACUACUUUAUCUCGCAUUUCAGAAGACACCUUCCAUGUUAAUUGCAACGCUCCAGCAUCCAAUACUACUAGUUGGGUCUAGAUUAAGCUACAGCAUAUAUCUGGUACAAUAUGGCAUCGUAUACGCCGUCUAUAAACACAUCACUUAUCCUCUAGUGUACAAUGGUUUUACCACACUUAUUUUUACGGCAGCUAUUGUGAACAUCACAUUCUGUGUAGCAUUUACGUUACACCUUGUUAUUGAACUUCCGUUCAACUUGGCUCUUAAGCAAAUUUUGACCAAAACAAAAUCAAAAGCGUAA